GAUGAAAAUCAAGUAUGGAUUAUUCAAAUGACUUUGUGUAAUGACGAUGAACAUGAUCUAAAACAAGUUCUUACGUAUAUGAAACAACAAAUUGGAAGUGGAGAAACAAAUCUUCGAACAUCAGGAAAAGUACUGUGCCGAAUGGGAAAAUUUGAUUUAGCCGAAAAAUAUCUUAAAAGCCUAUUGAAAGAAUUACCAUCAAAUCAUCCAUUAAUUAGCAGUGUAUAUGAAGAUCUAGGCCAGCUAGCAUCACAGACAGCAAAGGCUAUUCCGUCAACUCACUCCAAAGAAAAAACAAAACGGAUACAAGAUAGCGUGAGUAUUACUGGAGGUCACGCAUUAGGCAAUCAAUUAAAUUGCCCUUAUGGUAUCUAUGUUGAUGACGAUAAUCAGAGUAUUUUUAUUGUGGACUGGGGAAAUCAUCGUAUUGUUGAAUGGAAAUGUGAUACAAAGAAUAGUCAAGUUGUAGCGGGUGGGAAUGGAAACGGAAAUCGUAUGGAUCAAUUAAGUUUUCCAACAAAUGUGAUUGUUGACAAGGAUGAUGAUUCUCUUAUAAUUUGUGAUUGGGGAAAUAGACGGGUGCCACGAUGGCCUCGUCGAAAUAGUACCAAUGCUGAAAGUUUUCUUCGUGUUUAUACAAUAUUCACUGAUCGUAAACCAUCACUUAAACAAAUUGCACUGAUGUUAGCUGAUACAUCAUUUCUUAAUCAUUCUGAAAUUAUUUCAAAUUUAACUCAUGCAUUAGUAUUGCUUUUCUUAUUAUCUCAUUAUGAUAAUAUUGAUUUUAUUGACUUUAAUCAAUUGGGAACAAUACUUGAUAAUUAA